AUGGGCUUAUCGCUGCACCAGCAACGUGUUCCCUAUCGCUGGUACUCGGGUGCUCGACGCUCCCGCUCGGCCCACUACGAGUACCGGCUGCUCUGCUCCUUUCUGAAGGCCCCACAAAAGUCCCUCGCUCGCUGGAAGGUCGCAACAGCAGUACCCCAAGCCGGGACAGCGUCCUGGAGUGUACGGAGUCCCGCCGGGCACUGGAUAACCUAUGCGCUCGGCAUGCAAGCCCCCGAGGACAGUCGACCGGCCAGGAGCCCGCUCUGGCGACGGAUCUGUCGCUGCCUUGCCGCGAUCAUGUACGUGUGGCAGCUAACGGUAUGGGGGUGCAUGGAGAUCAAACAGGUGAUGACCUCGCUGCAGGUGGCCAUCGAUGCGGUUAUCCUGCCCGAAAAGAUCUUGGCUCUGGUCUGGGGUCUGCCGUUGCUGCGACCCCUGGAUGGUCGGUGCGGAGAGACGAGCGAAUUCCGUCGCAUCGGGGAGGCGAUGCGUUUCUGCAACCGGCUGGUGUGGUUCUACCAGAUCUCGUACGCCAUCUACUCCUGCUCGACCUUUGUGUCCGCUUUCCUGCUGGCCGUCACCCUUCAGACGGCGCCCUGCUGCUACCAGGCCACAUCCUUAAUGUUCGACAACGAGCAGCUGUCCCUGGCGCUCUUCCACUGCCAAUGGCCCGGCCAGAGCACCCGCUUCCGCAAGCUGCUGCUCUUCUAUCUGCACCAGGCCCAGCAGCCCCUCGCCCUUGCCGCCAUGAAGAUAUUCCCCAUCAAUCUGGCUAUCGCCAAGUUCUCCUUCUCGCUGUACGCCCUCAUCAAGGGCAUGAAUCUGGGCGAGAGCGAGUGA